AUGAGCCUCCGCGUCUGCCCGCCCCCAAUCCUAGGGCGGAGGCCUCGCGCAAAAUCCGGGCUCGGCGCUCGGGUGCAGGGUCUCAGGCACCGCCGGCUCCUUCCCACUCCGCCGCGGCCCCUGGAGCGGUUCCGACAGAAGCCCAAGGCGGGGGCGGCGGCCGGAGCAGCGGCCGGCCUGGCGGCGGGUUCUGGCUGGAGAAGGACCACAGGCCCCGGGGAGCGCGGCCUGGAAGACGACGAGGACGCGGCACCAGGCGGCAACCGGACGGGCCAAGGUGUCUACAGCUACCGGGCGUGGACUUCGGGGGCCGGGUCCACCGGCAGCCUGCGCCUCUGCCUGCUGCUAGGCGGUGCCCUUGUUGCCCUGGGGCUGCUGCGGCCCUAGGCCUGGCCGGGCUCGGGGCCAAGUCCGGCCCCCAGCCCGCGCCCUCCCCGCAGCAUCCCCCAACUCCGACCCGGGCCGGCCCUUGGCCACCAGCCGCUGAGCACCCCUUCCCGCCGCUGCCCGUGGCCUCCGACCCAGAGAGGCGGCCUGGGCGAUUCCAGCCAGCCCGGGCAGGAGCUGCGGCUUCUCCUACGGGUGCCCACUGACGCCCCCAGUCCACCCCUCGGGCCAGGUUCCUCCCCAGAUUCCCCAUCCCCCAUCCUACCAGAGGACCAGGACCCUUCAGUCCCAGGAUGCCCCGCCUACCGCCUGGAUGUCAGGGUCCCCCUGCCCCUCCAUCCAGGCCAGCUCACCACCAUGUCUCCAGAGCUGCCCAAAGUGAUGUCCCAAGACCAGGCUGCUCAGGCCAUUCCAGCCCUCCUGAGGGCCCUGUGGCCCCCACCCCUCACAGAAGCAGCCAGACUGGACCAACGAAUCUGAAGAUUUGGGGGGAGAGGUUUCCCUUACAGGUUUUAGUGUGCCUACCACCUGUCCAGGAGAGGCCAUCUGUGGACUCUGGAGCCCAGGCAUGCCCAUCACGUCUCGGAUAAUCCCCAGAGCACGCCCUGACACAGCGGCUGCCCCAGAGCCUGGCCCCGCACCCUCGGGCCCGAAGUGUGCCCCCUCCCUGGGCAGACACUCUCAAGACCACUGCCAGGCGCCUUUUGGAGCCACUGUGCUCUAACUUGAAACAAGUCACUUAACUCUUCUUGGGACCUAUUUUGGGAAUUGGGGGGACCCACGGUUUAAACUUCAGGAGCUUUUCAUUUCCUUUGAGCGUCAGGCUCAUGUUCUGGAACCAGUGCUUGAGGGCUCUCCCGAUGGCCACUGCCACACCCCUGGAAGGGUGCUCCCCAGGACAGCCAGCUGUGGCUCAGGAGGCCUGUAGCUGUGGCAGCACCUCCAUCUCCCAACAAGCAGCUGCCCGGACGGUGAGGACGGGGUGUGAAUGGUGGAGGCCAGAUCUCAAGUCAGAACCAACAGGCCACAGGCAGGUCCCUGGAGGCGGGCUGUGGCAGCAAGCACAACCAGAUGUGGGAUUGCGCUGGCUGAGCAGCUGACUCCCGCAACACCGCGGCGGCCGUCCCGCAUGUGAGGACGUUCUGAGGACAGGAGGCGCCCAGGGAAGCAUCUACGGAAACGCCAGGCGGGGCCCUGCAAAAGUCCGCCUCUGGCACACAACCUGUCUGCAGACCAGCCUUUGCUUCUCAGGCGCCCGAAGUCCGCUUCCCUUGAGCCUCCGGCCUGGUUCGCUGUCCGUGAGCUCAAGCCCGGGGGUCUUGACUCCUCACACCGUCCACCCCACGUCCCUCGGCGGAACGUCGUCCCGGGCCUGGGUCCUCUGGAUCUCCCCAUUUCGGUGCUCACUGAAAGCCUCACCUGCCGCUGGUCUGCCUCCCAGAGUCUGCCCUGCCCCCCCCCCCCGACUAUGGGGCCUCUGGACGCAGCUGACAGAUGCCAGUGCCAAGACCAGCACCUCCAGGGGAGGGGGGCCUGGCGUCUCUGCUCGCCCACAGCUGGUCAGGUCUGGUCAGGGGGAGGGUCACUGAUCUACCAGCGGAACCCUGGACCAAGCAUUUUUCUCCAAAGACCAGGACACGGAGCCACAACUUCCUGCACAGGCACUGCCAGCGCUCUUGGGGUGCAAGCCCAGGUGCCCCUCCCUCCAUUCCAGACCAAAUUUGAUGCAACCAAAGACCAGCAGGCCACGGCCCAGCCCUGCCCAGAGCCUCAGGGGCGGUGACCAUUCUGCCACCGUACUGGCAGGCAGCACAGGGAGACCCAUCAGGGCUGUGCCUCAGGCCAGGAGCAUGGGUGGGCCCGGCCUCUGAGAUGCCCACACAGGCUGCCUGGCACCACGCACCAUCCCGAUUCCCAGAGCCUGUCCACAUCUGGCACAGUCACAUGCUUGAGCACUUCCUGCCCCACUGGUCAGGGUCCAAGCAGGAGGCAGACGGCAGCCAGGCUGGGGAACCUCAGCUUAGGAAGUGUGUGCCGGUGUGGGCACUUUCAGGAGGGGGGGGGUGCUUGGCAGAGACUCCAGGGGCUCCAGGAAGGCCACACACCAGACACAGAAGGGGCAGAGCUGCUGACCAGGUCCACCCCACCCCCUCUCCCUUCUCUACCCUUUUCUGGAAUGCAGGCUGGCAGGUAAAGUUCCCUGGGAAAGAGUCCCACUGUCCUGUUAGCUGGAAGGUGCUCGGGGGUGGGGGGGGAGCGGUGGGAAGCCCUGGGGUCCCCUUUGACCACACCAGCAACCAUCGCAGCCCACGCGCAGCUGGCCGUGAGCAGGGCAGCCCCCAGGGCCCUGAGGGGACGGUUCCUAGGUUCAGCCACAGAUACUUGGAAACUCCGGUCCAGCUUAUGUGCACAUCUUGGUCGUGUCGUGAAAUAAACUCUCCGCUAGCAAACA